AGUCAUGUACAAGUGCAAUGAGGGUUGCUGCAUAAUUGUGUGGGUGCUGUUAUUGCUUCAGAGGUUGCAGUUCAUUUGUUAUUGUUGAUUGCCACAACAUGUGUAGAAACAAAGGAGUUUACUUUAAGAGGAGUGAUGCUAUAAUAUGUCAUAAGGACUGAUGCCGAGAAUCAACAAAACAGUUGUUUUAGCUCUGCUGACGCUGACAAGUUCGGUCUUUCUUCUUUUUCAGUUGUAUUAUUACAGACAUUACCUGUCUGCAAAAAAUGGUUCCAGUGUUUCCAAUACCAGAGGAGGUUUGUCAACUGAAGGCAGUGUCCAGUGGCAGGUGGUUAAGAAGUUCCUUGCGUUGACUUCAAGCCAUGGCGUACCUGUUUAUCUUGUUGAUCCAGUGGUGUUGGGGCUGAUCCUUGAAGAUGGACUGCCACUGAAGAACACUGAGAAUAAAGUCUGCAAGUACCUCUGUACUUCCAGGGAGUUUACUUCCUUUGCAGUGCUGGAGAACGUGUGGACAGACAAAGGAAAUCUGCUUAAAGCUACUGAGGAAGAAGGCUUUCAUUGGGUAGAAAUACGAGGAAAAGAUCCCAGACUGACAGGCAUAGAUGACUUGUCUGGAACAGAAAUCCCACUGCAUUACAUCUUUAAGCUGAAGUCUCAUGCCAUCCAUUUACUGUUGUUUUAUGAAAGGAGUGGAAACUUCCUCUGGCAUGGACCACUGCGGCUGAGGCAUGGCAUGGACAAAAAGUUUGUGCCAUUUCGGAAGUUACAGUUUGGGCGCUUUUCUAGUGCUUAUGACAGACCAGAACUGCAUCUUGCAUCUCUUGAUGGACUUGAUCUGCUGAUUCCAAAAGAUCCAGCUCAUUUUCUGGAAGAGGCCUCACACUCUAAAUUUCUUGAGUGCAGGUACAAGGAGGCACGUGCAUUCUAUCAGGUUUACCCUGAUGAUACAUCCCAAGAUGCAGUGGAUUUCCGAAUGAAGGCAAAGGCUUUGUUGCACAUGGCUGCUAAAACUUUGACUGGUCUUGGCAUAAAGUUUUGGCUCAGCAGUGGAACUUGCUUAGGCUGGUACAGACAGUGCAAUAUCAUUCCAUACAGCAAGGAUGUUGAUCUUGGAAUAUUCAUUAAAGACUACAAACCUGACAUCAUUCCAGCAUUCCAGAUGGCAGGACUCCCACUCAAACACAAGUUUGGCAAGGUGAAGGACAGCCUGGAGCUUUCUUUUCAAGGCCAGGAUGUGAAGCUUGAUAUUUUUUUCUUCUAUGAAGAGAAGGACCAUGUCUGGAAUGGAGGAACACAAGCUAAAACUGGGAAAAAAUUUAAAUACAUUUUUCCCUUAUUCACCCUCUGCUGGACAGAACUUCUAGAAGUCAAGGUACAGGUACCUUGUGAAACUCUUGACUACAUUGAAGCAAAUUAUGGAAAGAAGUGGGAGGUUCCAGUAAAAGUAUGGGACUGGAAAAGCUCUCCUUCCAAUGUUCAGGCGAAUGGAAUUUGGCCCAUCAGUGAAUGGGAUGAUGUCAUUCAAGUCUACUGAGCUCCAUUAAUAGGACAGAACUGGACUGGUGCUUGUAGACCUAGAACUGGAAGCUAAUUGUUUAUAUCAGAGUGUCUGGCGGCUAUUUUCUGUCAAGUAAAACAUUAACUACUAAAUUACAGACUAACAGAGUAAGUACUUUUCACAUCAAGAAAUAUUUUCCUCCGUGGUACAUGUUGAUCAGGUACAACCAUUUGAGAAAAAAAUAUUCCAAGAAGUGGAACAUCUCUUUAAAUAAUGUUCUGUAAUCUUUCUUGUAGUAUUGCAAACUGUAAUUGACAAAUUAGUUAAAUAAGAUUCCUUGUCUGGUGUGAAAACUGAUGAUCUCUCAUAGGACAAAGUGGAAACAAGUAGUUGCCCAGAAUAAUAGACUUUUAGUCUGUCUGGAACAUUCUGUGAAGUUUUCUAAAGCCCAGGUAUGUUUUUGCCUAGCCUGCAUUUACUGAUAGGUAUUGGACAAUGUCCAUUGAUUGCAUGGUAUAUGCAAAACAAAUAAUCUGCACUCUAUUGAAAUUUUUAAAAUAAUCUCUAGGAAAAAGUUGGAUAUUGUUCCAAGUGAGCAGUGUGCAGCUGGUAGUAGUGCUGUUUGACUUUUUCCUUGUGUAGUCUUCACAUGUAGAUUAUGCCAUUUACCUGACAUCCAGAUAAACGGUUAAGAUUUUUCAGAAGUGUUGAAUACCAGACUCGGUCCUGCCUACUAUCACAUCAUGUGGGCACUGCUGCAGAAAUGCAAGUAACAGUGUCAGUUUUCAGAGCUGCUAAACAGUGACUCCUUUUCAACUGAACUGAGCAUUUUAAUAUGUCCAUUAGACAUUCUGUCCUCUUCCAGAUAAUGGCGAUACUGACUACCUUUUAAAUGAGUGUGUUUGAAUUCGUCUUUCUACAGUUUGUGUUGUGGUUGUUCCAACUGUUAUAAGUGUUUGGACAGUUCGUAGGUGCUUCCUAGGCUAUUGUUCUGUGAGGGUUGCGAGAAGCCUCCCCCGGCAUUCCCAUGGUAAUUAUUAGCGUUUAUAUUUUGCAAAAUGAAUUUCCAAAGAAGAUAAGUGUAUGUUGUGUACUUAACUUCCCCUCGACCUCUUAGCGCAAGAAAUUUGGACAAACCCAAAAAUAAUGGAGGAACAAAGGACUAAAAUCGAAGACAUAUUUUAAGUAUUGUUCUUACAAACUUAGAAAGUUAAUAGAGUAACAUGUUUUGCACUUGCAUGCAUUUUCUGAAAAAUAUGAAUUCUGCAAUUCAGAUGUCUAGCAUUAUUACAUGGCUUCAAGUCCUUAGUGAUUUGCCAGAAAAAACACAGUUUUUAUAUGAGGAGCAGUCUAAAAAUAUGAGGCAAAAAUCUGGACGUUCUUUGAAAAUCUGUAUUUGUGUACCCUUUGUUUCUUUUAUCAAUGAGGGCUAUUGGUGUUAAAUCAGCAUGAAUUUGCAGUUACCCAUAUGUCCAUCCAAGUUAAGUUUGAAUAAAAUAAGAGAAAUCUG